CCUUUAGAAAUAUUAGAAGUACAUAAUUUUAGGAUUAGAAUAUAUUAGCAUAAUUAUUAGAAUUUUUUAAUUUAGAAUUAGGAUUAAAAAAAAGAUAAUGUUAGAAUUCUAGAGUUUAAUUAGGAGUAUUAAAUUUAGAUUAAUCUAGGAUUUAGAAUAAUUAGAAUCACUUAGAUUUUAGAAACGACUUUAAUUAGGAUUUCAUAAUAGAAAUUUACUAUUAACCAUAACUGUGAAAUGACGAUUCUACCCCUAGGCUUAGAAAUAAUUCAAUCUUGCAUGCUCCCUUAAUUUUAGGACAUGUUAUUACUUGAUCAAAUGAGCUUCAUGUGGAGUAUUAGCUUCUGUUUUGAUUUUUUUUCUCACUUUUGACUCUAGGCUUUGACCUAGUGGUUUGUUGCUUACAUUUGAGUUGUGGAUUUCAGGUUCAAAGGCACAUUGCCAUGAUUGGAGUGGCUCAUUCAUUUGAGUUGAUUAUUUGAUUGAUGUUGGCUAAUAUUGAGUUGUUUUGUAGGCUUUGAGAACAAGUUGCCUAAUGGCUUGUGCUUUGCUCAUUGUGGCCUAAUCCUUUGUCUGUCUGUGUACUAUUGCCUGAUGACUGUUGUCUGUUUGAUUGUCUGAACUGUGAACUGAUUGGUUUAGAUUUUUCAACAGGUGUCAGUAUCUAACCGGUGCGCAUAGCUCUUCCGUUCAGACAGCCUGCCAAACUCAACAAACUCAGACUGAUGGAUCCGUCUAACGUCGACAUUCUCGAAUUGAAAGAGAUGAUGAGGGAGUUGUUCAAAGUCGUGCAAGGGCUCGCCUUGGGGCAGAAAGAAAUUGCUGGGAGGUUGGAUAGGAUUGAAAGUUGGAUGAUAAAGGAGAAAGUUCAGGGAAAGGCUCCGUCAUUCGUAGUAAAGAAGCCCUCAGGCAGUGGUCAGCUCAAGAAGGAGGUUGAGUCAAGUGGUGUGUCGGCAAAAAAAAAACGCGGUCAGGAUCGUUACCACCCUUAUGCUGCCACUGUAACCACUCCUGUUGGUAAUCCACCUGCACCACAGCAACAACCACCACCUCAACAAAAGGCACCGAAAGCUAAGAGCCAAGUGAAGAAGGGGACGGAUCGUCAGUUUGAUAAGCCACCCGUGACUUAUACCCUUCUGUUCAAGAGGUUGAGGGAUCUUGGGUUAGUUCGACCGAGGAUAUUGGUACCUGUAGAGUUGCAUCGGAGGCCUGCAAACUACGAUGAGAAUGCCAAGUGCGAGUUCCAUUCUGGGGCACCCGGACAUAACAUUGAGGGUUGUAGAGCUUUUAAGCAUGCCGUCCAGAACAUGGUGGAUUCUAAGGCCAUCAGUUUGGCGCCAACACUGAAUGUUAACGCUAACCCCGUGCCAAUGCAUGGUCCUGUAGAGGUGAAGGUGAUGUCAAAGGACAAAAGAGGAAUAGAGGUGACUAAGGGGGAUCAGUUAAAAACUCCAAUGUCUAUGGUCCCAAAACAUCUGAUGAAGAGUGGAGCAUCCCCUAGUGUUGAUAACUGUUGUGCGGCCGUCACUACAAAUGAGUAUGUAAUGAGGGGGGAAACGAUUCAGGGAAUGAUUGAAGUAGGAAUGGACGGUGGAAAAUUCGAGACGCCGAGUCAGGCAGCUGAAACCGUCGAGGUGGAGAACGCCGUUGUUGCUGAGGAAGAGAAGAAGCUGUCCAUUUCUUCUUACAAACAGGCCAUGGAAGUGGUGAAGAACGGAGAAGCUCUAGGCUGGGGGAAGAUCAUAGACAUUAUGGUGAAAGCGGAUAUGUUCGGGGUUGGCUAUCAGCCAGAUCAAGAGUCAUCUAGACAAAACAGAGGACGUCGUCCACCGUUCACAUUCGUCAGUGCUGGAAUGCUGAAUCCAGGUCAUGCCUAUGCAGUGGGUGAAGAGAUUGACAGCGACAGCGAGCUUGACUCGUGGAUAAAAUCGUGCGUACCAGGGAAUUGGAAGGCCUCAAGGAUCAUCACUGUCACUCAUCAUGAAGAGUAGUAUUUCUGUUUUUCAAUUCUGUUUGCAUGAAAGCCAUACGUUUUGCCUGAAACGUAAUGGUCCAUUGUAAGGGCCAUCUCAGGUGCUUCAUUGUGCAACAUUUUGCAUCAUUAAUAAAUGGAUGUUUUUGUAAUUAAAAGCGGUGUUCCCUGUUUUUCAUUUAUUUUUGCAGUUUAAAAAUAAAAAUAAAAAUGGCAAUGUUUUUUCAUUCUCUUACCUUUUGAUAUGUCUUGUUCCGACCUCAAAAGUGACUAUCCUCCUGAUCUCAUUGAUAACAAUUCGGUUACACCUCUGUAUGAUUUCGACAGUCCGAUCUAUCAUGCCGAAGAAUAAGGCGAAGAAGAUUGUGAUCUGCUGGAAUUAGCCAGGUCGUUAAGACAAGAGGAGAAGGUGAUUCAACCGCACGAGGAGCGAUUCAAGGUUGUUAAUCCAGGCACCGCCGAGGUCAGAAAGGAAGUGAAAAUUGGGGCCGCUUCAGAGGCGAGUCGAGAGCAGAUUGGUAGCCCUGUUGAAAGAGCAUGUGGAUACCUUCGCCUGGUCGUGUCAGGAUAUGCCAGGGUCGGAUACUAAUGUCGUUGUGCACAAGCUACCAUGGAGAGAAGACUGUCCUCUAGAGAAGCAGAACGUCGGUGCCACGUAUCAGAGUGACUUUGUUUCAUGAUAUGAUUCAUCGUGGAAUCAAAUGCUAUGUUGAUGACAUGAUGGCAAAGUCCCAAACAGAAAAGGGGCAUCUGGUGGAUCUGGCCAAGUUGUUUGAUCGGAUCGAGACAACUCAGACUGAGGUUGAGUCUGAAUCAGUGCACUCGUGAAAUGUUGUCCGGAAAACUGCUGAGGCAUAUUGUGAGCGGAUAGGAGGAAUCGAGGUUGAUCCCGUUAAAAAAAAAAAAGGAAAAGAAAAAAGAAAGAAAAGAAAAAGAAGAAAAAAUAGAAAGAAAAGCAAAAGGAAAAAACAAUACCAGAAAUGCCUGAACCGAAAAAAGAGAUCAAACGGUCAGGUGGAUAGUGAUUGUCAAGGGGCAUUGAAAGAUAAAAGAAUAAGUUGCAGGAACCUCUGAUUCCGAUGCCUCUUGUGGAAGGAACAAUUGUUAAUCUGGCACUUGACAGCCCUCGAAGGGUCUAUGAGGUGUAUUGGGUCAGCAUGACGAGUCUGGUCGAAAAGAGCAUGUAAUUUACCUAAGCAAAAAGUUUACCGACUGUAAAACAAUACAUUCACUGCUCGAGAAAACUUGUUGUACUUUGGCAUAGGCUGCUCGCCGACUGAGACAGUAUAUGCUGGUUCAUACCACUUUGUGGAUUUCCAAGAUGGAUCCGAUCAAGUAUGCGUUUGAGAAGUCAGCAUGGACCGGACGGGUUGCGAGAGGGCAAAUGAUGUUGACUGAAUACGAUAUUCAGUAUACCUCUCAGAAAGCAAUCGAGGGGAGGGUAUUGUCCGAUUACCUCGCCCCGCAACCCAUUGAGGAUUAUCAACCGAGGAAGUUUGAGUUCUCUGAUAAGGACAUCUCGAGGUGCUCAAAUCGAAAGAUUGUGAGGAACCGAUCCCGGAGGAAGGGCCUGACCCUGAAUCCGAACGGAUUCUGAUGUCUGAUGGGGGGAGGUUAAUAUGGAUGAGUUAGCGCUGCUUUGGUUACGCCAAAGGGAUCCCACGUUCCCUUCGUUUCCCGGUUAGCAUUUGAUUGCACCAACAAUGGUGGCUGAGUACGAAGCUUGUAUCCUGGGUAUCGAACCUCGGUACGUGCAUCUACUGGGGCAACGCCUUCUGCGCAGGUAUAUGAGACGGAAUCGGUGCUACCAUUUGAGGUCCUGAGUGGAAAAGGUUGAGUGGAUAAGGACUCGGUAUGACGCGUUGAGCCUGACUGAGGAAAAGAGGCUGGCGGUUACUUGUCAUGGGGCGGUUGUACCCAGUGAAUGAAGCGUGUUGUUGACCGAAAAGUGCGACCUCGUGCGUACCACGUGGGAGAGCUGGUAUUGAAAAGAUCCUUCCUCCUCAAGGCGUUCGUGGGGCAAGUGGAUAUACAGUUAUGAAUCCCAGUCGUGGUCAAAAAGGUUUUCUCUGACAGAGUCUUGCUGUCGACGACCACGGAUGACGAAGAUUUUCCAUCCCUUGUGAAUGCGGACGCAGUUAAAAAAUACUUCGUAAAAGAGACCCGCUGGACGAAAAGAACAAAAGAGUCCAGG